GGGAUUGGUUGAGCGUCGCGAUGAGCUCGCCAAUGGAGGGGGGAGUUGAGGUUGCUAUGGUUAACGAUGCUGUGAGGCGGCGCGAUGCCGGGUGUUCACCACAGAGAGCCGGGCCGCUCCACGGCCGAUGUUGAACACCACAUAAAAAUGAGUGAACCGGACCACAGAAGAAUGUCCACAGCUCAGAGAAAUAUGGAUGUUGAAAAUCUGGUGAAUCCUAUGAGAAAUGCUCUUUGCGGUCAGAUGUAUAAACCCAUUGACUACAGACAUCUAUGUGAACUCACUGCAGCAGAGAAAAUGGCAACCAAAAAAAUUCAAUUUAAGAUCAAAAAAAUGGAGCAAAUUUCAAAAAUUAACAAAGAGCAAAUGCUACUGAAACAGCAUUGCCAAGUGUGGUGGCGAGAGUAUAAAAGACUUAGUGAGAACAGGGAAAAAGCAGAAGCAGAGAUACAGACUUUUCUUGAUGAAGGAAGUCAUAAAAAUGAUUUUUUUUUUGAUAUGUGGAACAUGGAGCACAGAUUGUCACAGGAGCGGGAUGCUUACCAAACAGAUACUGUGGCUCCUAUCUGGCAACUAAGAGAGAAUUUGAAAUUCUGGCUGUCUGAAAUGCAGCAUUACAUCACAGAAGACUCAUCUCUGAAAAACAAAUAUGAUCUAGCUGAGAAGUUACAGCAGAUCGAAUCUGUGAAGAAUCAAGGGAAAACAAUUUUGGAACUUCUUAACCUUGAAAGCCUGGCUUUGGAAAGAGAGCUUCAAGACUACGAAAUAGAAGCCAUAGUGCAUGGAUUUGAAGAGAAGAAUGGACUUUUCCAUGAUGUUCCUUCAGCUCUACUGUCUUUGGAGUACCCUUGUCCAGACUUGAAGAACUUUGUUAUCAAUGAAUACCGUAAGCUUGCAAAUGAAUACUGGUCUAAGCUGCAAGAGAUUGAUGAACAACUAAGUGUCGUAUAUAGGGACAUGGACUGGAAUGAAGAAGAUCAGUGGAUUUUUCAGACUGUUGUCGAUCAGUAUCCAGGUGAUCUUCAGCAAAGAAGGACUUUGUAUCUUGAUAUGUUGCAGAGAUGUCUUCCUCACAAGUCUAGGCACGAGCUGGUUACUCAUGAGAAAGCUUGGGGUCGUUACAAUUUCUUUAAGAAUCAGCACAGAGUCUUGAUAUUUAAUUGGACUCAAGCAAGGAAAGCGUUUUUCCUGAAGGCGGUGAUGGCUGUUGCUGAAGCCUCUGCUGCUCAGGAGGCAGAAGCAGCAUCAACCAGCAACAGACGAAAGCAACAGGAGAUCUGUGCUGAGCUGAAAGACAAGGUCCUACAGUGGAGAGCACAACAGGAGGCGGCGGCUGAGCUGGAAGCUGCUGUAGCUGCUAGAAGAAAAGAAAAGGAAGAUGAGAAAGAAAGGCUGCAGAAAGAGCAGGAAAAGAUUCACAGAGCUCAGGAGAAAGAAAAAGUUAAAAAAUACUUGGCUGAGAAACAGCUUAAGUGGCAAGAACAGGAAGAAAAAGAGCUACAGCAUUUGGAGGAAUUAAGGAAAUUAAUGGCUAAACAAGCAAUUAAAGACAGAGAACGGGUGAAGUUUAGAGAAGCGCUGCUCGAAAAGCGGAUCCUGGAGAGAAAGGAAGAGGCCCUUCGAGAAGCACGUGCAGCACAAGAGAAAGAGAAAUGCCUGGAAGCGCUCCGACAAAAGGUUUCCAUUGUAGCAAAACCAGAUCCAGCAAGAAUGGUGGCUGAUACUGCAGCGUCUAAAGCUCGGAUGGGCAUUGGGACCACAGGAGAGUUUGUUCUUCAAAAGCCUCUGUUUCAGUUGCAAACAUACAGUGAAGAGCAGAUCAUUUCUGACCCCAGGCUUCGUGUCGAGGCAGCCCUUCGAGAAGCUGGGCUUCAUAAAACACUUUAUGCAAAAGAGAUUUUACCAAAGAUUCCUCCACCGAAGCUUCCCAGAAGAGAUAUGGAAUCUACAGUGUUUAAAAUGUAGAGCACGUUGUGUAUCGAGCAGAGAAGCUCCAGGGCUGUAGUCUGGGCCGUAACAGUGGAGCUUACAAUAAAUUUCCCAUUGCUGUGUCUUGGAA